CAAAACGACCCUCAAAAUAAUUAUCAAAAUGCUAUUAAACAACAGCAAAACGACCCUCAAAAUAAUUAUCCAAAUGCUAUUAAACAACAGCAAAACGUUCCUCAAAAAAAUGCUAUUAAACAACAGCAAAACGUUCCCCAAAAUCAUUAUCAAAAUGCUAUCAAACAACAGCAAGAAUUUUUAAUAAUGCAACAAUAUCAAGAUUUAAUAAUGCAACAGCAUCAUGAAGUAUGCAAAACAAUAAGUAACAUGGGGAAAUCUAUUUCAGACUUAUGCGAUUAA